CUGCUGUGUAGGAGGAACAGCUUUGCCAGUGCCCUGGUAUGGGUCUCCCAUUUGCCAUGUGCUGCUCGCAGAUAUGGGGAGCCCCUGUAGGGGGGAAAGCUCUAAAAAGACGAAGAAAGAUCUUCUCAUUUCCAGAGUAACUGGAGACUGCACUUUUGCCUGCAUCUUAUUCCGCCUUUCCCCAAGUGAAAUAAACUAUACAGUUUUGCCUGUGUAACUGCUUCUCCAGUAGAAAACCAGAAGUGGAAGAGAAUGAAGUAUUUUUGUGUUCAUGCUUUGCAUACACCAAAACUGAAACAAAUUUUAGAAUCCAAGAAGAUUUGAAAAACGUGCAAGUAUGAGUAUUCUUCUAAUUGAAGCUUUUUAUGGUGGUUCCCACAAGCAGCUGGCAGAUCUUCUACAGGAGGAGAUAGAAGAAUGUGUCCUUUACACACUCCCAGCAAAGAAAUGGCACUGGAGAGCACGGACUGCUGCCCUUUAUUUCAUGCAAACAGUGCCAGCUAAUGCUAAUUACAGGAUCCUCUUUGCAAGCUCAGUGCUUAACCUGACUGAACUUAUUGCCCUUCGGCCUGACUUUGGUAAAUUGAAAAAGGUCCUUUACUUCCAUGAGAACCAGUUGACAUAUCCUGUACAGAAGUGCCAGGAAAGAGAUUUCCAAUAUGGAUACAACCAGAUUCUUUCAUGUUUGGUUGCUGAUAUUGUGGUGUUCAACUCUGCUUUCAAUAUGGAGUCAUUUCUUACAUCUAUCGGAAAAUUUCUGAAGCUGAUUCCUGACCACAGGCCUAAAGAUCUGGAAAAAAUAAUCAGACCAAAGUGCCAAGUUCUUCACUUUCCAGUCAGGUUUCCUGAUGUGAGCAGAUUCAUGCCGGAGCACAAACUGGCCCAUUUGGAGAAGAUAACUGGUUUUAGAGGAAAUGAAGAUACUUAUCUAUUUAGGUGUCUGCCUUUCCAACAGAAGUAUAGAGCCACUGGGAGUUUAAUGAAAACCAGCAGCUCAAGUCCUGAGUCUGGACUUUGUGAAGCACAGUCUGGACUUUGUACCACACAACAAGAAAGACUACAAUACCCAUUAACAUCACUAGAGAAACUGAACAAGUCUAAAGCAUCAGAAAGUACAAAUCAAGAAGUGCCUUGUCAAGAAGAUAAGCAACAUGUGACUUUUAACCCUUGUAAUCUCUUGAGUGGAACGGACUAUCAGCAAAGACCUUUGCACAUUGUCUGGCCUCACAGGUGGGAACAUGAUAAAGACCCUGAGAGUUUCUUUAAAGUAUUGCUGAAACUUAAAGAGAUGGACCUACCUUUUCAUAUGUCUGUCCUUGGAGAGACCUUCACUGAUGUACCAGAUAUAUUUUCAGAGGCCAAAAAGGCAUUGGAAUCUUCUGUCUUGCACUGGGGCUACUUACCUAGCAAAGAUGACUAUUUCCAAGCUCUGUGCAUGGCUGAUGUUGUGAUCUCAACAGCUAAACAUGAAUUCUUUGGAGUGGCAAUGAUAGAAGCUGUAUAUUGUGGCUGUUAUCCACUAUGUCCUAACGCUUUGGUGUAUCCAGAAAUAUUUCCAGCUGAAUAUCUGUAUUCUACACCUGAACAGCUUUUAAAAAGGCUUCAAAAUUUCUGCAAGAGACCAGAUAUUGUAAGGAAACAUCUCUAUAAGUCCUCAAGAAGUCGAGGUGAAUGACAUCAGGGUGAGAUGGAUCAGUUUUCUUGGGCAGCACUACGUGGUAAAUUCAGGUCUCUGCUCACAACAGAACCUAGGGAAGAUUUGUGACAGAUGGGGCUAAGUCACAAACUUGCAGCCUAAGGCAGAAUCUGUAGAACUUUCCAGAGUGUGCCCAUAUUUACCUGAUCAGAGAGAAAAGAAAAUCUGCAGAGGAAGCUGAGCCUGGCUGCUUGUCAUAGCUGACACAGAGCCAUCUGCCACAAACCUGUGGCGGCUUCAGAUCUCCAAUCCCUGCCACCACCCCAACUCAAAUUAAAUACAGAUUCCUAGAGACGUUAUGAUGGUUACACAUGUCCUCGGCAUCACAUGCAGGAGACUGUUCAAAAAAAAUAUGUGGCUUGUUGUAUAACCGCACUCAUGUAUCCCAUAUGUGGUGCCACAUUGAAUUUCCGGUUGAAUCUGUUUUUAUCCUUUGUACUGGAUGACAUGGUGCCUGAAUUCUUUCUUUUUGCCGACAUGAUGGCAGCCAAACUGCAGCUUCAAACGCUCACACUUGGCUGGGUUUCUACCUAGGUUGCCAGGUUAUCAUUGGAGCCUUAUUGUGUCCUCAAAGGGCCACAGGGCCUGAAAGGAGGAUCAGAGUGCUACUGGACUAAUUGGGCAGCCAUCUACGAAUUGUUUGUAGGCAAAGCACUUUUCUUUUUGCAAAUUAAUAACUCUCUGGCACAGGGUUUUUAAGUGAAGGUAUUAAUAAGGGGUCUGGCAGGUAUUCCCAUGAUUCACAGUUACAUUUGCAUUUAAUUAAUCUUAAAGAAAGCUGCAAGAUAAACAGCUGUAAUUCAAACUAGCAUGGGAAAUAUGCUACAUGGUGCCAUCUAUCCGAUAAAAUGAAAGCUGAAACACUUGUUUUAUUUCUCUCAAGGAUGGAGAACAAACAGAUAACAGUCAAAAUACUUCCAAUAAAAACCAGUAGUUUUUAUGUAACUGCAGUUCAUCAAAAAUCUUUGCAUUCAGUUACAAAUAUAAUCUUUUAAAGAUAAAUCACUUAUGAUUCUAAGCAUUAGGCUGCUAUAUUUGUUGAUGUAAAAUGUUUUGAAGAUUUAGAUUGUACAAUAAAUUUUUAAUAAAGUGCCCACUGCAAUUUUUAAUUAGCAUAUCUCAUUCAUGUAUAAGUGUGUACAUCCAUCUGUAUGCUUAUCACUGUGCAUAUCCUUGUGACAGAGUCAAUGAAUACAAUUGUGUCUUUAUCUGAUGAAUUUAGAAUCUGUUUUGCAAAUGAUAAUAAAAUAUUAUAACAACUCUAA